CUGUGGGCGUGUCCGCGCGCCCGUCACUGCAAAUACUGCGCAUGCAGCUGCAGACUGCGGGUCGGGGCGCAGACGGAGGGGCUCCGGCGAUGCUUUAGGCGGCUCGUGAACCUUCCAGCUCCUCAGUCAUGUCGCGCAUGGUGAAGCUCGGCGGGUUCCUGGCUGCAGGUCGAGGAGCGGCCCGCGGGAUCCCUGUCAGGUCGAUCAGCUGCGGCUCCAGGAGGCGCGCGCAGGACAGUCAGAACUCCUCCUCUUUAGGAAAACGAUGGAAGGACACAGCCGACACCGUCAUCAUCGGUGGGGGCUGCGUGGGGGUCAGCCUGGCUUAUCAUCUGGCCAAAAGCGGCCUGAAGGAUGUGGUGCUGUUGGAGAAGUCUGAGCUGACGGCUGGAUCCACCUGGCACGCUGCGGGUCUGACGACGUAUUACCAUCCGGGCAUCAACCUCAAGAAAGUCCACUAUGACAGCAUCAAGCUGUACGAGACCCUGGAGGAGGAAACUGGACAGGCCAUAGGUUUCCAUCAGCCCGGCAGCGUCCGCAUCGCCUCGACUGCAGCUCGCGUGGAUGAGAUGAGGUACCAGAUGACUCGCACACACUGGCACGUGACGCCCCAAUACUUCAUAACUCCGGAGAAAGUCCAAGAACUUUUCCCUCUGCUGAACAUGGACAAGGUGUUGGCUGGGCUGUACACCCCUGGAGACGGUCACAUUGACCCAUACUCUCUGACCAUGGCUCUGGCGGCGGGAGCUCGCAUGUAUGGCGCCCAGAUCUACAACCCUGCUCCGGUGAGCGCUCUCACUCCGAGAUCUGACGGCAAAUGGGACGUCCAGACUCCUCACGGGACCAUUCAGGCGAACCGCAUCGUCAACACGGCAGGUUUUUGGGCUCGGGAAGUCGGACAAAUGAUUGGGUUUGAUCAUCCCACCAUCCCUGUGCAUCACCAAUAUGUCGUGACUGCGACUGUACCAGAAGUGAAAGCUCUGAAGAAAGAACUGGCCGUCAUCAGAGACCUGGAAGGCUCUUACUAUCUGCGUCAGGAGAGAGAUGGAUUGCUAUUCGGCCCGUAUGAGAAGAUGGAGAAGAUGGUUCUACAGGACUCCUGGGUCAGGGACGGUGUGCCUCCAGGCUUUGGAAAAGAGUUAUUCGAGUCGGACCUUGACAGGAUAAUGGAACACAUUGAAAUGGCCAUGGAAAUGGUCCCGGUGCUGAAGAAAGCCGACAUCAUCAAUGUUGUUUCUGGGCCGAUAACGUACACCCCUGACCUGCUGCCCAUGGUUGGACCACACCAGGGGGUCCGCAACUACUGGACUGCUAUUGGCUUUGGGUAUGGAGUCAUCCAUGCUGGUGGCAUCGGUAAGUUUCUAAGUGACUGGAUCAGGACUGGAGAACCUCCAUACGACCUGAUUGAGUGCGACCCCAACCGCUAUGGCAAGUGGACGGAUGUUCCCUUCAUGUGCGCCAAAGCGAGAGAAUCUUACGGAUUCAACAAUGUGGUCGGUUACCCCAAAGAGGAACGUUUUGCUGGACGGCCAACCUCCAGAAGAAGUGGUGUCUAUGAACUCCUGAAGGACAAAGGGUCCAUGGGCUUCCAUGCCGGCUGGGAACAACCUCAUUAUUUCUACAAACCUGGAGAUGACAUUGGAUACAAACCCAGUUUCCGCCGCACCAACUGGUUUGGACCGGUGGGCAGGGAGUGCAAACUGGUGAUGGAGAAAGUGGGCGUGAUCGACCUCACACCUUUUGGUAAGUUCACGGUGAAGGGGAAGGACUCACUCAAGCUGCUGGACCGCCUGUUCGCCAACACCAUGCCGAAGGUGGGUCAGACGAACAUCAGCCACAUGCUGACCCCUUCUGGGAAAGUCUACGCCGAGGUCACCAUCACCCAGCUGACUCCGGGAGAGUUCCUGCUCAUCACGGGAUCAGGCUCAGAGCUCCACGACCUCAGGUGGAUUGAAGCAGAAGCAGAGCGCGGAUACGACGUGGAGAUCAGCAACGUCACGGACGAGAUCGGCGUGCUCGGCAUCGCUGGACCAAACUCCCGGAACGUUUUACAAAAGCUGACCAGCGAGGAUUUAAGCGACGCUGCCUUCAAGUUUCUGCAGUGCAAGUCCAUCCAGUUGGCUGGUGCUCCGAUGCGGGCCAUCAGGAUCUCCUACACCGGUGAGCUUGGCUGGGAGUUGUACAUGGAGCAGGAGAACAUGGCGGCAGUGUAUCAGGCCAUGAUGGAGGCGGGAAAGGAUCAGGGGAUCGAUGACUUUGGAACCUACGCCAUGGCCUCACUCAGACUGGAGAAGGGCUUCAGAGGCUGGGGGGCCGAGAUGAACUGUGACACCAACCCUCUGGAGGCCGGUCUGGAUUACUUCAUCAAGCUAAACAAGCCCGCCGACUUCAUCGGCAAAAAAGUGCUUCAAGAAAUCAAAGCCAAGGGGCUGAAGAGGAAGCUGUCCUAUCUGUCCGUCCAAACAGACGACAUCGACCCUGAAGGCAACGAGACUAUCUGGCACAACGGGAAGGUGGUCGGCAACACAACGUCGGGAGCAUACAGCUACAGCAGCCAGCAGAGCCUGGCUUUCGGAUACCUGCCCCUGGAGCUGAACUCUGUGGGUCAGACGGUGGAGGUGGAGCUGCUGGGUAAAAAGUACCCGGCUACCGUCAUCCAGGAACCUCUGGUCCUCACCGAGUCCACGAGGACCCGGCUGCAGAAAAAAGCAAAGGCUAAAGCAUAAAUAAUGAAGUCUGGACUGGAGGCAUGACCAUGCAGUACUCAUACUUUACUGUGGGCAGUUAUGGGGCCAGUUUUUUAUUUUUCCUAUUGUGACCUCACAAAACGUAAGGUGCCGUGUGGUAGAAAAAUGCCAUUAAAGUCUUUUCAUAGUGUGUCACAGGCAGCUUAUGUUCCGCCUGUUCCAACGUCUUAAAAUGUUGAAGGAGAAAUGUGUUUUUCAUAAAUUAAUAAAUGGAUUUUAAAGUUUACAGGUCAACUUUUUACCCCUGUUUCACUUGAAAAGUAAUCUGUGAAAUCACAUAGAACUCUCAUGCUUAGUGGAAAUGAUGCUGCACAAGGGAAGACGAGCAGAGUUCAGUCAUGUGCAGAUGAUGCUUUUUUGUAAAUCUGUAAUUAAAAACAUGUAAUUUAACUGAUGUUCAGUUAUUAUGCAACUUUUUCAAAAUUCAGUAAUCAGAUUGUGUAUGGAAGGCUCAGAUCCAAGUAUUUUUUUCCAUAAUAAAUGCUGGAUUCUAUUCA